ACACACACUCACUCUCCAUCGUGUGGUCUCAACGCCCACAAACACCCUCUCCACCAAUCACAACUCACUGCCUUUGACCUUUCCCCACUCCAACCUCUUCCAUAGAUCGCUGUCUCACAAUCAGUACAAAGACCUGACACAUUCCUGUUCCCUCUUCACUGCAAUUACUUUUCUUCUUCACCCUACUCUCCAUUUUUUAACUUUUUUUCUUUCUUAAUUCUCUCUUCACUCUUUUUUUUCUUCUUCUUCUUCUUCUAAAACUUGCAUAUCACUCUUGUGAGCCACCCCAAUUAUUGUGUCAACUCCAUAAGCUUCUGGGGUUGUAAAUUGGAGUUCUCUCUCUGCACAUUUUUCUUUACUCUAUCUUGGCAUUUUUCCAUCUGGGUUUUGCUUCUUUUAUUCUGCUUUGUGUUGAUGAUGCUUCCUUCUUAUCUUAGAUCUGAAAAGUUUUAGGGUUUUUUUUAAAAAAUAUACAUGCUUUCCAGUUUGCCCAUAAGCUGAGGGAUUUGGAAUUUUCCUUGGGUUUUGGAAAGAAAGCUUUUUUCUUUAUAUUAUUUUUCCAGAUUCCUUAGGUUGUGGCUAUGUGACAAGGGUAGCAGAUUCCUUGCAAAUGCUUAUGCUUAUGCUUCUUAGAAGCUCCACUAGUCCACUACUCUUCAUAUCUUCCCUUUGUUAUCUCUCUCUUUGAACUUUCUUUAAAGAGAGAGUGUGUAUCAAUAACUGUGUUUGAGUUUGUGGUUAUGAUUCUAUGAUAUAGCUAUGUUAUUGGCAUGCUAGCUAUGAGUGCUACUAUUAUUACUACCUUAAACUAGAACAAUGAACAGGGGAAUUGAAGUUGUUCUUUCUCCAGCCUCUUACCUUCAGAGUUCCAAUUGGUUGUUCCAAGAAAGCUUGGGGACCCGGUGGACUCCACAGGAGAACAAGCUGUUUGAGAAUGCUUUGGCCGUGUAUGAUAAGGACACUCCAGACCGGUGGCUCAAGGUGGCAGCCUUGAUUCCUGGCAAGACUGUUGGUGAUGUGAUCAAACAGUACAGAGAACUGGAAGAAGAUGUGAGUGUCAUUGAAUCAGGGUUUAUACCAGUUCCGGGCUACACCACUGAUUCCUUCACAUUGGAGUGGGUCAACAAUCAAGGAUUUGAUGGCUUCAAGCAGUUCUAUAGUGUUACUGGAAAAAGGGGUGCUUCCACUAGACCAUCUGAGCAGGAGAGAAAGAAAGGAGUGCCAUGGACUAAAGAGGAACACAGGCAAUUUCUGAUGGGUUUGAAGAAGUAUGGUAAAGGAGACUGGAGAAACAUAUCUCGCAAUUUUGUGACCACAAGGACACCAACUCAGGUUGCAAGUCAUGCUCAAAAGUAUUUCAUUAGACAACUAAGUGGAGGAAAGGAUAAAAAGAGAUCCAGUAUCCAUGACAUCACAAUGGUCAAUCUCCAAGAAACAAAAUCUCCUUCACCAGAAAGUAACAAACCCCCUUCACCAGAUCACUCAGUGAAGGAUGUGAAUCCACCCCAGAGCCAGAGAUUGUCUACUACCACCAUGGUUAAACAGGAAUAUGAUUGGAAAAUGCCAUGUGAGAAUGUGCCUAUGCUUUUCAAUUCCUCAAAUGGAAACAUGUUCGUGACACCACUUUGUGGGAUUUCUUCAUAUGGGUCUAAACCACUUCAUGAGCAGCAUUUGUUCACUGGCUCUCUCCAUGGAUGCCAAUUUGGACCCUAUGAUACUAUUAUGCAAAUGCAGUCCAUGCAAAAUCAAUGAACUAUGUGCAAUGCAGGGUUUAGAGUUCUCUCAAGGUACCAAAAUGCUAAACAUUAUUCAUUGAUGUUGGAUUUGAUUUUCAGAUGCUUAAUGGUGGUUUUAUGUACAUAUGUUGAGGAGAAUUCCGAUGUUUCCUUGUUAUUAAGCUUUGAAGAGUGUUCAUAUUGUAUUCUAAUGUUAAAGUUCUGGGACCAAUGAUGCAAUAUCAGAGUUUGGCAGUGAUAUGCAUCUUCCACCUAGGCAGAAAAGAAUUAUCUGUAAAAUGUACGUACGUGACCAGAGGAGUUACCUCGAGUGUGUGACUCCACUGUUUUUAGAUGCUUUAUGCUUCAAAUAAAACGUAGGCAUUUGCAGCUUUGGUUUAUUUGCUAACGAAUGCAAUUGUUUUUUA